CAUUCAUUCAUUCCGUUUUGGUUGUUGGUUGGUUGGUGAUAUUUAAGAAUUUGCAUCAAAAUAAUACGAUUUUCCUGUAAAGUGAUUGAAAGUUCCAAUUAAAUAUGUACUGAUAAGAAUAUUCAUGUAGGCUUAUAUACUGUACCCUAUUUUAGUUAGUUGCUAUUUAAAUUGUUAAAUUAGGAUACCCACCAAGCCAAAGCAAUGGAUCUUGAAGACAAUGCUUUGGGUUUGACCCAUGAACAAACUGAUAAAAUACUUCAGUUUCAAGAUUUAACUGGCAUAGAAGACAUGUCGAUAUGCAGAGAUGUUUUGCAGAGGCACCAAUGGGACUUGGAGGUGGCGAUUCAAGAGCAGUUAAAUAUAAGGGAAGGUCGGCCAUCGGUUUUCGCUACCGAGGCGAGGGCGCCGCCCGUGGUGCAUGACCACAUAGCACAGCAAGUGUUCACUGACGAGCCCUCGGAAGGCCCAGGAGGCGGCGUCCGCGGUCUCUUGCGCUAUAUGGUUAACUUCGUUGUGUCAAUGUGUUAUAGCACAUUAUCUUCCGUUAUAAAUUUGUUGCUGAGCUUCAUAAGAAAUGAUGAUAGGCGAUUGGUGACUGACCCACUAGGGGACGUGAUGGGCUUCAUAAACAACUACACGUCGAGGUUCAACCCUCACCCAGUGUUCUACCAGGGCACAUAUGCCCAGGCUCUCAAUGAUGCCAAGAAUGAACUAAGGUUCCUCAUUGUAUACCUCCACUCAGAGUCUGCUACUGAGACACAAAACUUCUGCAGGACAACCCUGGCAGACCCUGAAGUCAUCCAGUAUAUUAAUACUCAUGCCCUGUUCUGGGGCUGCUCGGUUGAGACAGCCGAGGGCUGGCGUGUGGCGCAGUCUGUAGGUGGACGCAGGUACCCGCUGCUAUGCGUGGUGUGCGUGCGCGAGCACCGCAUGACGGUGGUGGCGCGCAGCGAGGGCGCGUGCUCGGCGGCCGCGCUGCUGCAGCGCCUGCGCCGCGUCGUCGCCGACAACGAGCCGCACCUCGCCGCCGCGCGCGCCGACAGGGUGGAGCGCGAAGUGACAGCCCGCCUCCGCCAGGCCCAAGACGAGGCCUACGCCGAGUCACUGGCCGCCGACCAGGAGAAGGAACGGCGCAAAGCCGCCGACAGGGCCGCGCGCCAGCAGCAGGAGAAUGAAGACCUGCGUCGCCGCGAGCUCGAAGAAAAGCACAAGCGAGAUUUGAUAGCAGCGCGCUCGGCCAUGGCAGCACGCCUCCCGCCCGAGCCGUCGGCGGGCGCAGGCACGGUGGCGCUGCUGAUCCGCUUACCCGGCGGCGAGCGGCUCACGCGCCGAUUCACACUCACGCACACCACGCAGGACCUAUACGAUUUCGUGUUCAGCCACCCACAAUCUCCCGAGGAGUUUGAGAUCACGACCAACUUCCCUAAACGAGUGCUAGCCCGCGGCGCCUCUCACCUAUCCGAUGUCGGCCUGAAGGACCGCGACGUGUUAUUUGUGAACGACGUGAAUGCAUAAGCCAAGCAAUGUCAAUUCAACGUAUCGAAUAUGGACCAAAUACACAAUUUGGUUUAAAACUCUCCGAACCAUACGUAUCGGUGUAUGUUUAAUCACCAAGGAAACUAAGGUCCGGUAUAGUGGCCAAAACUUAUGCAGAGUUAGACUGUUUUGCGACUCGAAUUUUUUCCUGGAAAGUUUUAAAUUUUCCCAGUUUUUUAGUGUCUGUACAAUUCGAAACAGGAGUCUGAGUUACUGUGUAAGUUUUUGACAACCUGGCCCUUACAUUCUAUCAACAUUGGUGUCAUUUUUAGCGCUAAAAUUCAAUAAUAUCGCUGUGAGACUUUCUCAACUGUACUUCUACAUUUCUUGUUGAUUAACCCUACGCCAAUACAAUGAGAUAUUAUCAAUUUGGCUGUAAUGAACCAAACGUGAAUGAAGGAUGUCUUGAUUUGUAAAUACAAAUCUGUGAAUAAAUGUUUUAAAACUCAA